CGUGUUUCGAGUGCGCGUAACAGUCUGUCUGAAGGUCAGAGAGACUCGGGUACCCGCGCGUCGGGCGCGAGCAGCGCGCGCUCUGAGGGCGGGUGUCAGUCAGUCAUGGCGGAGGGGGAGCUGGACGUGGAUUCUCUGAUCUCCAGACUGUUGGAGGUGCGAGGAUGCCGUCCAGGGAAGAUCGUUCAGAUGACGGAAGCGGAGGUUCGGGGUUUGUGCAUUAAGUCGCGUGAGAUCUUCCUCAGUCAGCCCAUCCUACUGGAGCUGGAGGCGCCGCUCAAGAUCUGCGGCGAUAUUCACGGCCAGUACACAGACCUCUUGAGACUGUUCGAGUACGGCGGUUUCCCUCCGGAGGCCAACUACCUGUUCCUGGGCGAUUACGUGGACCGAGGGAAGCAGUCGUUGGAGACCAUCUGCCUCCUGCUGGCCUACAAGAUCAAAUACCCCGAGAACUUCUUCCUGCUGCGGGGGAACCACGAGUGCGCCUCCAUCAACCGCAUCUACGGCUUCUACGACGAGUGCAAACGCAGGUUUAACAUCAAACUGUGGAAGACUUUCACCGACUGUUUCAACUGUCUGCCGAUCGCCGCGAUCGUCGACGAGAAGAUCUUCUGCUGUCAUGGAGGUCUUUCUCCAGAUCUACAGUCAAUGGAGCAGAUCAGACGCAUCAUGAGACCGACGGACGUACCUGACACAGGGCUGUUGUGUGAUCUGCUGUGGUCAGACCCGGAUAAGGACGUUCAGGGUUGGGGUGAGAACGACCGCGGCGUCUCCUUCACCUUUGGUGCUGAUGUGGUGAGCAAGUUCCUCAACCGCCACGAUCUGGAUCUCAUCUGCCGCGCGCAUCAGGUGGUUGAAGACGGUUACGAGUUCUUCGCCAAACGGCAGCUGGUGACAUUGUUCUCGGCGCCGAACUACUGCGGCGAGUUUGACAACGCUGGAGGAAUGAUGAGCGUCGACGAGACUCUGAUGUGCUCCUUCCAGAUUCUGAAGCCGUCGGAAAAGAAGGCGAAGUAUCAGUACGGCGGGAUGAACUCCGGGCGCCCCGUGACUCCGCCCCGAACGGCCACGCCCCCUAAGAAGCGGUGAAUGAGAAGUGAGGGGGCGGGGCUACAACACGCGUGAACCGGCAUGAAGACUGUCUUGAAAAUACAAAUGUAGUUAAAAACACGUUUUUUUCUUCUUUUUUUUUUCCUGUUGAAGACAUAUUUUAUUUCCUCUGGUUUGGUUUGACCCUGAGCUCACUGUGUGCUGCUUUGAUUGCCUCUCCAUGUCUGUUACGUCACGUUCUUCAGAGUGUUUAAACACAUUUCAUUUUUUCUGCUCUGCAUCUAAUAACAGGAGGAUUUACAUCGACUAGGUCUUUUCUAGUUAAUCAUUUCGCUCUUCGAGGCCUGUUUGAGUCAGACAGGUUCAUAACACCUGGAUUUUCAGUAAAUAAAGUUGAACAAACCUC